AUGUCGUUCAUUUUUGUUGCCGUCUACGUUUUAGCCAUGGCGUCUGGAACCAGUGCUGUCAUUUCUGGAAACUACAACUGCACGACGUAUAAUGGAACUGCUUUUGUCUACACCCCAGCCGCUGUUGCCUGCUCCAACGUCAUCUCCGACGCGUCCUGUCAAGUCCUCUACGCCGCUCCAAACACCCUCUACCCAGCAGCUGGAAAUGAUGCGGAGAGAGCUUAUGCCUGUUACACCACCGCUACAGCCACCCCAGCUGCCACUGUCAAGGAUAUGGUCACUGCAGCUAUCUCCAACUGCCCAAAGACUUGUGGAUUCUGUUGUGCUACCAGUGCUUAUUCGUGCUCCAACGUUGCUUACCCACGCCUCACUUGCUCUACAAUCACCGCCGCCCAAUGCGCAUCCUCGGUCUGGCGAACGAUCAUCGCUGAAGACUGCCCAGCAUCCUGUGGAUUCUGUAACGACGGAGGAUGCGUUGACGCUGUCACCAGCUGCGCCAAUGACAUCACCAUCUGCACCACCGUCGGCAUGCAAGACUUCGUGAACACCUACUGCCAGAAGACCUGCGCCAGAUGCUCUAGCUCCACCACUACCGCUUCCUCUGCCUCUUCUAGCACUUGCACAUCCUACAACGCCGAUUCGAGCACCUCAUGCACCGCGUGGGCCAAGAACGGAUUCUGCACCAACACCUUCUACACCACCGCCCAACGCAAGGCUUACUGUGCUUCCACUUGCAAACUUUGCUAG